UGAAAGUGAAGCAACAUUUAACGUUUCGAUCUUGUUUGAUUUUCUUUGGCCUGUUCCUUCAUUCAUUUCGUUUGACUGUUGGCUGUUGGCUGUUGGCAGUUGGCUUUAGGGCGUAGGUGCACGAGUAAACGUUUUGGAUAAUAGUGAAAUUGUUUGUAUUGCUGCGGCAUGUUUUGAAAUUUCUACUUGUUAAUUAAAGUGUACACAACAACAAGAUUGGAUUUGCAUUCAAGGCGACUGUUGUGACAAGAGAAACAAAUUUCAUUAACACCUGUAAGCAAGUAAUAAAUUGUGACAAGUGAAAAUGCGACUAACUACUUGUGGUAUAAUGCCUACCAUCUUGCUAUUUCUGGUAGCAAGCGUGCAUGCUGGGCUUGUACAUAGACAAAAUCGUAAUGCUAAUUUGGUCGCAGCCUCUGCACUUGAGCUGGCAACGGGGAAUCUGAUACCAGUGCAAAUAAUACAAGAUGACCAGCAGUUGAAGAGCGAGAAGCUAAAGGUUCAAUCAGAACCUCAGCAAUUAAUCCAAACGGAACAACUGAAGUCAAGUCUGGGUACACCGGAGGCGCUUGCUGAGAAAAUCGCACAGUCUGUCGAAACUGUAGAAAAUUUGCAAAAUGUGGGUACUUUGCUUGAGAACGAACGCCUGCAGGAUGAAAAAAUCAUUGAGCAGGAGAUCAAGCAGGCCAUAGCCGAAGAGAAUAGAGAAUUAUUGCAGGCAGCUGCAAUUGUGGAGCAGGCAACGCAACUGAAGACUGGCGAGCAAUUUGCACAGCAAGCGCAGGAAAUCAAUGCAGCAUUGAAAACUGGCAUACCAGCGGCUGCUGAGGAAGCUGCCGCCACAUAUUUCAGCGCACCAGACAUUCCAGCCGAAGUGGCUAACUCUGCGGAAGAAGUUAAAAGCAGCAACAUAUUGCAAUCCGCCUCGUUGAUAGCCGACAAUUUGCCUGCUGAGUCCCAGUCUCAGAAUGUGGUAGGUGCGCAACAGCUGGUAUCAAAUGAAGCCGACAAAGCGCCCGUUGCUGCGACCGCCGAGUCUGCGUCUGUGAAUCAGGUACGGCAAGCUGUACCAGUCGCUGCGGUCACCGAAGCCACAUCGACACAAACUACCACCCAACAAAACUUUGUACAACAGCUCAUACAAAAUUCACCACUCGGUCAAUUCUUUGGACAAUUAACCGGCCAACAGCAGCAGCAGCUGGCUGCGCAGGGUGCUCCAGUGGCAGCAGAUCAACCGGCUACGCCCGCGCCCACCUUACCCGGUUUUCUGAACCCACAAAACGCAAUCACACAAGUGCAAAACGCCGCACAAAGUGUUGCCAAUGCCACCGCACAAGCUUUCCAGGGCGUUCAACAAUUCGCCACCAGUUUGGGUAGUCAAUUUCAGAACACCCUGUCCGGCUUGAGUGGCCAAGCACAAACAACGUUAAGCACUUCCGAUUCAACUACACAGCGUCCUCCUGGCCCUAUACAAUCACUGCUCAGCAAUUUUGUCGGUGGCAAUCAACCUGCCGGCGCAGCUGCAGCCACCGCUGCUACAGCCAAUCCUGCUCAACAACAAGGACCUUUCCAAGGUAUUAUAAGCUUCUUACAGGGCGGUAAUCGGCCACAAACAAGUGCUAGUACAAGUGGCACCGUAGCAGCUGUUGCACCCGCUCCUGCUGGCUCCAUUCUGCCAGCGAGCGCGGUCUCCGUGGACGAGAAUGCCGAUGAGGUGAAGAAAGAUGAGUUGCUCGAUGCAGCAGUGGAUCAAGAACAAGCGCAAAUUGAUCAGACUGAUAAUGAAGUACGCAAUAGUGCCGAAGUUGGUGACGACUCCCUGGAAGACAGCAACCAGGGUCAGUUUAUUAUUGUCAAUGACGACGCCAGUCAGCAGUAACAGCAAGCGGAUGAAGAGGAGGCGGUUGUGGUCUAAAUAGGAAAACUACGCAUAAUAUUAAUAAUAAGUAGUGUAGGGAACAUUUUUUGCUUUGCCAUUCGAUUGGCGCCAGUAUACGCGCGUGCCAGAUCGUAGUAACUUAGACACACAGACUGACGCAGAGCCAUUCAACAUUAUCAGUUUUGAAAAUAAGGGUUUUUUAUAAAAUUUAAAUUUAAAUUUUAUUUUAUAAACGUAAUUUAUAUCAUUAUAA